GACAGUUGUAGCAAAUGUUUAACUUGAUUGUAUAGCGCUGGAGCGAUUCAUUAAAAAUGGCGUAUGAUUCUUUCCUCGGAAUUUUCAUUGGUUGUACAAUAAUAGCGAUUACUCUCGUCUUCGCUUACUUUAAAUGGACCUACCAGUACUGGUCACGCAAAAAUGUACCACAACUUCCACCAGUGAUACCUUUUGGUAGCAUUCCAAGUCCAUUCAACAACAAAGAGCACAUUUCCUUAACCAUGAAACGCUACUACGACGAAAUGAAAACCAAGGGAUGGAAACAUGCAGGACUAUAUACCGCAUUAACACCUAUUUACUAUGUGAUGGAUUUGGACUACGUCAAAAACAUAAUGGCAAAAGAUUUUCACCAUUUCGUAGACCGUGGGGUAUACUACAACGAAGAAGUUGAUCCUCUAAGUGCCCACUUGUUUGCCUUAGGUGGGCAAAGGUGGAAAAAUCUGAGAUCCAAACUUACCCCCACCUUCACUUCCGGUAAAAUGAAAAUGAUGUUUCAAACCCUGCUGGACUGUGUGCCUAGUAUGUUGGCAAAAGUAGAGUCCGAUCGUUUGAGAAAAGUGCCAACUGACAUUAAAGAAAUACUGGGAUGUUUCACCACAGAUAUCAUUGGAUCGUGUGCAUUUGGUUUGGAAUUCAACAGCUUCAAAGAAGACGAUUCGACUUUUAGGCAGUACGGGCGCAAGUUUUUCAAAGGUUCUAAGUCAAGAUUGCUGCAUCGAUUCUUCGUUGCGAGUUUUCCUAAUGUCGCAAAGAAGUUAGGAGUGCCGGUGGUGCCUAGAGACAUUUCUAGUUUUUUCAUUAAUGUUGUUAAAGAAACUGUUGAGUAUAGAGAGAAAAAUAACCACACACGAAAAGACUUCAUGCAGUUGCUAAUCGAUCUCAAGGACAACAAAGUUUCCAGUGAAAGCGGUUACAAACACGACGGCACCAGUUUAACGAUGGAUGAAAUCGCGGCCCAAAGCUUCGUCUUCUUCAUUGCUGGGUUCGAAACAUCGUCUACUACUAUGACUUUUGCUUUAUAUGAACUCGCGACACAUCAAGAUAUCCAAAAUAAAGUAAGAGAUGAAAUAAAUGUAGUGCUUGGUAGGUUUAAUGGUGAGGUUAGCUACGGAGCAAUUCAAGAAAUGAAAUAUAUGGAUCAAGUGAUUAAUGAAACGUUGAGGAAGUACCCAGCGGCGCCACGUUUAGUCAGAAAGUGUGUUAAAGACUACAAAAUUCCUGACCAGGAUGUGAUUAUAGAGAAAGGUACUAUGGUUGAAAUACCAGUUUAUGCAAUUCAUUACGAUAAGGAAUACUACCCAGACCCUGAAAAAUUUGAUCCAGACCGAUUUACUGAAGGAAAUAAGAGUAAAAGACAUCAAUUCGCGCAUCUACCGUUCGGCGAAGGUCCCAGAAUGUGUAUAGGAAUGCGCUUUGGGCUUAUGCAAUCUAAAGUUGGUUUAAUUACUUUGCUCAAAAAUUACAAAUUUACGGUUAACAAGAAAACCAUGGAACCUUUGAAGAUAAAACCAACUAGUGGAGUGAUAACGGCGGAAGGCGAAAUUUGGUUAAGUGCUGAAAAAGUUUAAGUUUUUAGAAACAUUUUGUUAGUGUUAAAAAAUAAUGAGUAAUAAUAAUAAUACUCAUAUGUAAAUGGCAGAUGUGAAGUGAAGAUAAUCAAAAUAAUCCUCAUGGCUUAAAACACAGUCCUUAGUGUCGCAUUUGCCUUAAUAUAUAAAAAAUCUUUCUUUUAAGCAUUAAUAAUGCCUUUAUGUUUGUCGUCAAUUUUUCCUUAUAAUAAUAUCCGUGCAUUUUUUGCUAUCUUUUACAAGUCUCAUCAAGAAAUGUGUAAAACAAAUUUAAUUAAAUUUCCAAUUAUAGUUGUAACAAUGUCAUAACCUAACUUACUUGAGUGCUUACAACUCCCAUAGAGUUUUGUAGUAAUUACGGCGAUGAUGGGUGACGGGCGGCGUUCGCUAAAGACAAGCCUGGAAGCGGAAUUCGCUAUGGGUAGAAAGGGUUUAAAUAGAGGCCACUUUCGGAACCGAUUCGUUUAUUCAGUCAAUUCAGUCAAGAGAGAAUCCAGUAAGUUGCGUCGGAAUUACUUUGUACAUAAUAGCUGGGUAAUUAGUCGUGUAAAUUAGAGUUAUUGAGAAAUAAAUUGCUGAGUUUUAUCCGCGCCGAUUUUUAACCACCGAUCAUCGUAACAAUAUUGUUAUAUCGUAUAAUUUUGAUUGUUUGUCUAAAAAUCUGGACGUUUCUUGUAAAAACUCAAUACGGAUUCAUAAGCUACACGUGCAGGACUAUAUUAUUUUGUACAAUUUAAAACCCAUUUACUAUGUAAAAUUUGGAACUGAGGUUACUACAUUGUCGGUGAAGAUGAUUUGACAAAGAGUGGUUAAUGUUUUAUUACCUACAUGAUAUUCGUAACACACAUUCCACAACAAAAUUUGACACAGAAGGCGGACAGAGGGAAACGGAAGACCCAUUUUUUCGUAUUCAAAACUGAUUAAUUAUGUCCCCAACUCCAGGAGUGUUUGUUCGUUGUUCGUCACGUUGUAUAAUAUGUCAUAACAGAUUAAAACUGGGUUUAAGAAACAAUCUUUUCAGUUUCAUAACAAUUUUUAUACAACAAAUUUAAAUCCUUAUUCUCAUUGUUGAUAUUAUUAUCUUUAUUAUGUAAACAGAAAUUUAAGUAGCAAUUAUGUACCUAUGUAAGUUAUAUAUUUCCGUAAAAAAACAAAACAAAAACUUUACUCGCAUCUACCUAUCUAAUGAAGCUUCGUUAGGAUUAAACCACAGACUACACAGACAAGCCACUGCCCCACCACUGACAAACGAAUAUAGUCUUUAAUUCAAGAGUCCAAACAGUCUAUUUCAAUUAUUUUGCCCUUGAACACAGGAAAAUGACGGUUUAGGAGAAUCUAACUAGAAAAACUAGAAUUUUGACACUUCGGGUCAGAGAUAUUGAAUAUAAGUACAUAUAUACAUUUAAACCUCCUUGCUUUGGGUUGACAACAUAACCACAUAUAACCUCAAAAUGGGUCCGACCAAGACGUGUGAAGUGCAACGCACUCCUGUAAGUCCUGCGGCGACAGAAUACACAAUACAAUACAAUACAAUAUAAUCAUUCACUCACUUUUAAAAAAUGUAUAAAUUUAAUUAAUAGCACUCAUAAAUUUUUUAGCUUGUUCAUGUUUUUUUUUUGACUAUGAACGUACGUACGAACGCCUUUAUUGUUUUAGUAAGUUAAACAUAAUAUGACUUCUGCUGAUGUAUUUUUUUAACAUUAUGUUGGCUUUUAUCCGAGAUUGUGUUGUAAAGUGGCAGUCCUCGCGUUUAAAAAUCGCGCGUAUGAAGUGACGGUUGAGGUAAGUCGUCAAUAAGGGUCACGUUCGCUCAAAGUGGGUAUGUGGCUUGUCUGUGUAGUCUGUGAUUAAACUCUAUUGUCACUUCUUUGUGGUUGUUAAUCCUACCAGUUUCUAUGUAGACUUAUCUGGGAUAUUAAUAAACAUUAUUAUUAUUGCCAUUGAAGAUUUAAUGUAAUAACUACUAUUAUUUAUGAAUAGUUUUAAGUGUUUACUCUUUCAUAAAGUGACGCUUGUAAUGGAUUGCAUUUACGAUAU